AUGGAGAUGCCGAUGCAUAUUGGCAAACUAAAAUGUCUUCAGACAUUAACCAAGUUUGUCAUUAGCAAACGCACUGGGUGUAGCAUUAGAGAAUUGGGAAAGCUUGCAAAUCUACAAGGAGCACUUUCUAUAUUGGAUCUUGAAAAUGUUGAAUCUUUCAACGAUGCAAAAGGUGCAAGCUUGAGGAAUAAAACGGACCUUAAAGUGUUGGAAUUAAACUGGAAAGAAGGUUCAAAUACUAAGAUUUCAGAAAGUCAAAGCAAUGUAAUCAACGGUCUGCAACCACAUAGAAACCUGAAUAGUCUCACUAUAAUGUACUACAUGGGUGGAAGAUUUCCAAAUUGGGUAGGGGAUCAUUCCUUCUCUAAAGUAACGUCUAUUCAUUUGGAAAAGUGUCAAUAUUGUUCCAGCUUACCAGCACUUGGGCUGCUACCUUCUUUACAAAACCUCUCUAUUGUUGGUUUUGAUGGAAUUGUAAACGUGGGUGAAGAGUUUUAUGGAAGUACUGGCUCUUCUUCUAUUAAGCCGUUUGGGGCAUUGAAAGUUUUAAAAUUUGAGCAGAUGUUGAAUUAG